GUUUCCAAAGGGACACAAUGGGGGCAUUUCUGGACAAACCAAAGAUGGAAAAAUAUAAUUCUCAUGGUGAGGGUAACAAUUUGAGGUAUGGUCUGAGCAGUAUGCAGGGCUGGCGGGUAGAGAUGGAAGAUGCACAUACAGCAGUUAUUGGUCUGCCUCAUGGUCUCGACCUCUGGUCAUUUUUUGCUGUCUAUGAUGGGCAUGCUGGCUCCCAGGUGGCCAAAUACUGCUGUGAGCACCUGCUGGAGCACAUCACCAGUAACUCAGACUUCCAGAGCGCUCUAAAUGAGGACCCGUCUGUGGAAAGUGUGAAGAAUGGGAUCCGCACAGGAUUCCUGCAGAUUGACGAACACAUGCGAACCAUCUCUGAGAAGAAACAUGGUGUGGACCGCAGUGGCUCCACAGCAGUGGGGGUGAUGAUUUCUCCAAGCCAUGUCUACUUUAUCAACUGUGGAGACUCACGGGGACUCCUGAGCCGGGGUGGCGCUGUGCACUUCUUUACACAGGAUCACAAACCCAACAACCCACUGGAGAAGGAAAGGAUCCAGAAUGCUGGUGGCUCAGUCAUGAUUCAGCGAGUUAAUGGGUCUCUUGCAGUAUCAAGGGCACUAGGAGAUUUUGACUACAAGUGUGUGCAUGGAAAGGGGCCCACAGAGCAGCUUGUCUCUCCUGAGCCUGAAGUUUAUGCAAUAGAGAGAUGUGAGGGUGAAGAUGAGUUCAUUAUACUAGCUUGUGAUGGCAUCUGGGAUGUCAUGGCCAACGAGGAACUGUGUGACUUUGUCAGGUCAAGGCUAGAGGUGACAGAUGAUCUUGAAAGAGUCAGCAAUGAAAUUGUUGACACCUGCUUGUAUAAGGGAAGCCGGGACAAUAUGAGUGUUGUGUUAGUCUGCUUCCCAGGUGCUUCAAAAGUGUCUCAGGAAGCGGUGAAACGGGAAGCUGAACUGGAUAAAUAUCUGGAGACCAGAGUAGAAGAGAUGAUCAGAAAGCAAAGUGAGGAAGGCAUCCCAGAUAUUAUCCAAGUAAUGCGGACAUUAGCAUCUGAGAGCAUCCCUAACCUUCCUCCUGGUGGAGAGUUGGCAAGCAAACGAAGUGUGAUUGAAGCGGUAUACAACAAGCUCAACCCUUACCGAAACGAUGACACAGACUCUGCAUCCACAGAUGACAUGUGGUAACACAACCCGCCUACCACUAACACAGCAUAGAGUUUACAAACCACCAUCCUCUCAAGACCCACAGCAGCUUCAGCUCAGCAGCUGUCUCUCCGUCACUCUGAGCUUUUGGUUUCUAAGAAGGGAAUUUCAUGGGAGGAGGAGGAAGAGUUGCAUGCACACAAACCUGGAAUUGUGCAGCACCAGUCCACUCUGGACUUCAGGAUCCCAGCCGUCUUGUCUCCCUUUCAUGUUCAACCACCUUAAUGCGCUUGUUGAAAAAUAAUCCAUAACAAGUGAGUCCACAAGGGUUUCUUUUCCUUUUCUGUUAACUCUGCUUAAGUAGUGUUUUUUCCCCACCUGUAAUUAAUUUGAUUCACAUUUCCUUGUGUGUUUGUAUAUUUUUGUUUUUGUGAAGUGCAAUUGUCCUGUACAAACAGCCUGUAUUUAAUGCAGCUUGAUUUUUAAGUUUAAAAAAAAAAAAAAAAUGA